CCUGCAAUCGUAAAAUAAGAAAUUUAAUCUUGGCCUCUUUGUCUAGGGGGAAUUUUAUAUUUCUUUCUUUUGUUUUGGCUCCACAGCUCUUCCCAUUGUAAUUUGCAUUUUCAAACUAAUCCCUUCAACCAAAUACCAUGGGAGGCUGUGCGAGCAAACCUAAAGAAUCUGACAUUGUCGAAGCCUCCGUCCCGACCGAAAAUGUUGUUGUUGAGUCCAAGGAUGCCACAACCGAGACAGAUGCCACAUUAACUCAGGAGAAGACAGAAGAGUCCAGCGAAGAGACAAAGAAGGAAGGUGAGACAAAAGAGGAUUCCUCUGAGUCAACCAAGGCCGAGCCAACUCCAGAAGCUGUGAAGGAAGAAGAGAAAGCUCCUGCUGAGACUGAGCCACCAACACAAGAGACCACACCUGCCAAAACCGAUGAGGCCCCUCUCGUGAUCCUUUGAUUGUCAUUUCUAAAUCUCAAAAUCAUGUGUAUGCAUGCGCGCAAGUGCAAGUGUUCCUCACUAUUCUAUUGUCAAUUCUCAUGUACAUUGUAUUGUGUCCGCCUCUAGUACUAAAAUCUCGUUAUGAAAAAAUACA